AUGGAGAAUAAGACACACCAGAUUGAUUUCUACAUUAUAGCAAUUUCCCAAUAUGGAGGACCAUUGUUUUUGUUAUUUGCCACAUUUUUGCUUCUCUAUCUCAUCUCUCUGAUUUGGAAUACGGUUAUUUUUAUGGUCAUAUUUCUGGAUGGUCAUCUGCAAAAGCCAAUGUAUUUUUUCUUAUGUAAUCUGUCAUCUGUCGAUGUAUUGUAUGUUUCUGUUGCCCUUCCUAAACUGUUAGACAUCAUCAAUACAGGAAAUAAUAAAGUUUCAUUCACAGCUUGUUAUACGCAAAUGUAUUUCUUCACAUCUUUGGCCUGCACAGAAAUUUGUUUGUUGACCAUAAUGUCAUAUGACAGAUACACCGCCAUCUGCAGACCAUUACAUUACACUGUGAUCAUGCACAAUAGAAUGUGUUAUCUUCUGGUGGCAGGUUGCUGGGUCUCUGGAUUUUCAAAUUCUCUCUUUGUUACAAUAUUUGCAUCCCGUUUAUCUUUUUGUGGCUCUACAAACCUCAAUCAGUUUUUUUGCGACAUUAAAACACUCACAAAGAUUUCCUGUGGUGAUAAAAAUGAAUUUCAGACCAUGAUAUUUAUUGAGGCCUUGUUCAUGGGAUUUUGCCCUUUCGUGCUUAUUUUGAUGUCCUACACUAAAAUCAUAUCCAAUAUUCUAAAAAUGAAAUCCGUGGGCCAAAGGAAGAAAGCUUUCUCCACUUGCACCUCACACCUCACUGUCCUGCUGCUCUUCUAUGGGACAUUACUCUGCAUGUACAUGAUACCACCAUCGGAGAACUCGGAGCAGCUGGACCAGAUCUUUGCAGUGUUUUAUCUAGCAGUCACUCCGGCACUGAAUCCUUUGAUUUAUAGUUUGAGAAACAAGGAUAUAAAGAAUGCUAUAAUUCAUAUAUUGUUGAAGUCCAUGCCUUGCAUGAAAUAA